AUGUCUUUCCGGCUUUCUGGAGGAUCCCGGCGGGUCUGCUUGCGAGCAAGCCCAGGCCGGCUGUCCAGUGGGACAACGGCCUUUGGGACAGGGAGUGCCAGCACGGGGACAGGAGCAGGAAGCAGCUUUGCUUGUAGCCUUGGCAGCAUCUCUUCAGGGGGAGCUUUCGGGAAUGGUGGUGGAGGGCUGGCUGGUGGCCUUUACAAGGGUCUUCUUGGAAAUGAAUACGGUGUUUUCACUGGGAAUGAAAAGGUGACCAUGCAGAACCUCAAUGACCGCCUGGCCUCCUACCUGGACCAUGUCCAAGCACUCGAAGAAGCCAACGGCGACCUGGAGCAGAAAAUCAAGGGUUGGUACGAGAAAUAUGGGCCUGAAUCUCUCCGAGGACUUGAUCGUGACUAUAGUCGUUAUUUCCCCAUCAUUGAAGAUCUUAAAAAGCAGAUUAUUUCUCUGACCAAUUGCAAUGCCAGCAUUGUUCUACAGAAUGACAAUGCCAGACUGACGGCUGAGGACUUCAAGCUGAAGUAUGAAAAUGAGUUUUCCCUGCACCAGAGCGUGGAGGCUGACAUCAACAGUCUUCACAGACUGUUGGAGGAGCUGACCCAUUGUACAACCGACCUGGAGAUACAGUGUGAAACUCUCAAUGAGGAGCUAACAUCCCUCAAAACCAACCACGAAGAGGAAAUGAAGGUUCUGCAGAGUGCAGCAGGGGGGACCGUGAACGUGGAGAUGAACGCCGCCCCAGGAGUGGACCUAACAGUUCUGUUAAACAACAUGCGCGCGGAGUACGAGCUCUUGGCUGAGCAGAACCGCAGGGAUGCUGAAGCCUGGUUUGAUGAGAAGAGUGCUUCACUGCAACAGCAGAUCUCGGUGGAUGAGGGAGCAGCCUCCGCAGCCAGGAAUGAACUGACAGAAAUGAAACGCAAUCUGCAAACCUUGGAAAUCGAAUUCCAGUCUGUGAUGGCCAUGAAACAUUCCUAUGAAAGCUCCUUGGCCGAGACCGAAGGAAACUACUGUCUCCAGCUCCAGAAAAUCCAAGAUCAGAUCCGAGGCUUACAGGAGCAGCUGCAACAGAUCCGAACUGAAACUGAAGGACAGAAGCUGGAAUAUGAACGACUCCUCGAUAUCAAAAUACUUUUAGAAAAAGAAAUAGAAACCUAUUGCAAAUUAAUGGAUGGUGAAAAAAGUAACUGCAAAACAGUAGGUUACAAAGCAAAAGCAUGUGGGCCUGUGAAUUCUGAAAGCCAAGUCAAAGACUCAAAGGAAGAAAUUGUUGUCAAAACAGUGGUUGAGGAACUAGAUCAACGUGGCAAUGUCCUUUCACUGAGAGUCCACUCUAUUGAAGAAAAAUCCUCUAAAAUAAGCAACAUUACAAUGGAACAGCGAGUGCCAUCUAAAGCACCUUAG